UAAGCUUUGAAACUCAAAAAUCGCAAAAUGCCCCUCCUCCAUCACCUCUGCCAUGGCGGGUACGCCUUGCGCGACCUUCACUUUCCUCUCAAUCUCCACAAUCUCAAUUCCAGACGCCACCCCUCACAGAUUUCGUCUGAACCCACUCCUCUGUUCCACUACUUCCACUUCAUUCCCAUCAAAACGCAUAAAGAGGAAAAACCACUUACGUCCCAAAAUCCUAAAAACCCUAGCUAAACCCUUCCCUACCACACCUCUACCCCAAAUAGAAACAAACCCAAUUCAGAACAACACCUUUUACGACACCCCUUUGAAGGAAACCCUAUCAAGUGAAGAAUUGGAGGCUGACAAAGUUGAUGAAUUUAAUGUCUCGGAGACUUUUAGCUCAGCAGUAGAACACAGUGGCAGUGUUGGUAAAUUAUCUGUGAAGCCUGUCUUGAAAUAUAGCGGUUAUUUUCUUGGGGUUUUGUUGUUUCAAACAAUUUGUGCUGUUUGGUUAUUUGGAAAUACUGAUUCUGAUGGAAAAGAAAGGAAUUUUAACGAGAAAGGGAAUGUUUUAUUGGAUGUGAAUGGAAAUGAGGUUUAUGUUAAUGAGAGUGAAUUGGAAGAGAAAAUCAAUGAAAUUAAGGUAAUGGCGAGAGAAGCGAGAAAGAGGGAGAGGAGGGAGUUAAUUGAGGGUGAUAAAGGGAGUGAGCUUGAGAAGGAGAUUGGUGCGCGAUUGGGUAAGUUGGAGAAGAGGUUGAACUCGAAGAGAGAGAAGUUGCCGGAUUCGUUCAUGGAGUAUUUGGGGUUGUUUGGGGAUUUUGAGGAUGGUUAUGGUGAGGAUGCUUCGGAUUCAAAAAAGGAAAAUAAGACGUUGACGUUUAAAAAGAAGUUAAGGUUUAAGAGUCCGUCAAUGGAUGCGAGGAGUGCUCCAAAUGGUUUUUCGGGUUUGAAGGAUGAUAGCGGUUCUAAUAUAAGUGAUCUGAAUGGUGUGUCUAGAAAAACUGAUGUGAGGUAUUUGAAAAAGGACACCGGAGGGAAAGAUGGGAACGUGCAGUUAAAUUCAGUGAAAAAUGAGGGAAACAAAUUUGAGAAGAAAAGGGCGAAUUUGCGAAAGGAAAUGGGAUCUGGCACUGUCCAGAAGAUCAGGGAAGGAAGGUCUUCAAAUGAAGUUCCAGAUGCAGGAAAAUCAAGAGAUUUGGAGACCCUAAAUUCUGAAAGCUCGACCAAAGAAAACCAGGAAACCACCAUAAAGGUUGAAAGGCCUGCUACUACAUCGAGUAGAAAUGGUAGCAGAGAUCCUGGAAAGAGACCUUUGGCUAAUAAAUUUGGGGAUAAACAAUCAGACGUGCAGAAAGAUUUGUGGUGGUCGAAUCUUCCUUAUGUUCUAGCUAUUCUUAUGCGUAGAGGUUCAGAACAUGAGGAAUCUGGUGGACUUUAUGCUUUAAGAGUGGCUUCCCAGGCAGAUCAGCACGGGGACUUUUCUUACACCAUUGCUUUUGAGGACCGUGGCGAUGCCAAUAAUUUCUGUUAUUUACUUGAGUCCUUUUUUGAAGAUUUAGGUGACUUCAGUGCUGAUAUUGUUCCUCUGCAAAUAAAAGAACUUCAUGAUGCAGUGAAAUCGCAUUCCAAGAAGGUAAUUGUUGUGAAGAGAGGGCAGCUUAAGCUCUAUGCUGGUCAACCAUUUUCUGAGGUGGAGAUGGCUUUGUACUCUUUGCUUGAACAAGAUUAAAGCGCCUAAAUAAACUGGCUCUACUGAGAAGGCAUACGAACCAAGGACGGAUUCUUCUAUGGAUUUGUCUUACAAUGGAAGCCAGUUUCAAUCUGUGGGCGUAUUCUAAUGAGUUCCCUUUUGGAGUCGAUGGCUUUGCAUGCUUAUAAGAAGUUACUGGUGGGAGUUAAAAACUUUGCGUGCCACUCGUCAUCCAAAUCGCUGGAUGCAUUCCUACCACUGGCCAUUCUAACCAGAAAUUCCCAACCUGGCUUAUUGUCCCCUUGUUGGUUGUCUUAAAUUGGAGCUCAAAAAGAAGAUACUUUUCCCGUGGUUUGCAUGCCUCUUUUGUCUGUAAAUCAAUCAAAGUUUGAGAUAGGACCAUUCAAUUUUCUAUGGAAAUUGACUUGUCAUGUUGGCACUAAAUCAGUGGAAACUAUCAUUAUAUUUUUCUUCCCC